UGGGCGGGGCCUGUAUAUGGAGGCUUCCGCGCAGGCGCGACUUCCUUUUCCGGCCGGAGCCUGAAGAAGGAGCACACAGAGCAGCCAUGUCUCUCGUGAUCCCAGAGAAGUUCCAACACAUUCUUCGUGUCCUCAACACCAACAUUGAUGGGCGGAGGAAGAUCGCCUUUGCCAUCACCGCCAUCAAGGGAGUGGGCCGGCGCUAUGCCCACGUGGUCCUGAGGAAGGCUGACAUUGACCUGACCAAGAGGGCCGGUGAACUCACAGAGGACGAGGUGGAGCGCGUGAUCACCAUCAUGCAGAACCCCCGGCAGUACAAGAUCCCCGACUGGUUCCUCAACAGGCAGAAGGACGUCAAGGAUGGGAAGUACAGCCAGGUCUUGGCCAAUGGGCUGGACAACAAGCUCCGCGAGGAUUUGGAGCGCCUGAAGAAGAUCCGGGCCCACCGGGGCCUGCGCCACUUCUGGGGCCUCCGUGUCCGAGGGCAGCACACCAAGACCACCGGCCGCAGGGGCAGAACCGUGGGUGUCUCCAAGAAGAAGUAGGAGGCUCCUUCCUGCGCGCGAUAAAAACAAUAAAAGUUUACCCUUUCCAGA